GUUAAAGUAUCAGUUUUAAAAUUUAUCCAAGUACUAGUCUUCUCCAAUAUUUACGAGUUAGAGAAAAAAUUUCGUCCUGCAAAAGUGUUAAGAUUACUCUAUGAUGCAAUUAUUGAUCACCAGGUGGAAGUACGAAUCGAAGCAUCGCGUGCAAUGUUCACUCUAAUCCUCUGUGAAUACAUCAAAGUCGAUAAGGAGCUUUCGAACUAUUUGAACGAUUUGAUGAAGAACAAAAGCACUCCUUCAAUGCACGGCGCAAUAUUGGGGAUGGCGGCAGUAGUACGAGCUCAUCCCUUUACAACACCACCUGCCAUUAAGCCCAUGCUGUGGGCAUUGCAAUGUAACCAGCAAUGCCGAGCUUCAGAAAACCGCAACGACUGCGCUGCGUGA